AUGACAAUUCCCGAAGAGGACAUCGCGCUAAAGUGGAGCACAUCCAGAAAUGCACUCUUCGCUGACUACUUCGAGUGGGUUUUCGAGGAUGGAAGCCCAUGGAUGUGGGCGGCUGAUGCCCCCGAAGAGGAUGACGACUGGAUCUUUCAGGAGGAAGGGCCGGAAUUCAGCUACGUGCGCGAUGCACCAAGCUUUGAGGAACAGCCGCAGCGAAAGGGCACCGUUACCAAGAAGUCCACCGGAGAGAAGUUGCAGGUUCGGCUGUCUUUUGCUCAGCGGUUCCGUGAUGGCCAGGAGCAGCUGAUGUCUGGUGGAGAGCGUGGCUGCGCUCACUCGCAUUUGCGACUCUGGCGCCUCGCUGCCGAGCGAGCCGAGCCCACACUCGUCCUCGAGGACGAUGUGCACCUGACGUUUGAUCGCAAUGGCGACCUUGGCAAGAUGAACGGCAAGGUUUUCACAGAACGUUUGACACGUGCCCUUCAGUCAGUCCCUGGGGAUUUCGACGUGCUUUACUUGGGCUGGUCUGGAUGGCGAGGUGGGAACUUCUACCACAUGAAGGAGGAUGAUACCGAGCUCUCGGCGGAGCACCGGACAUACAUCCAGAAGGCAGAGUAUGUGUGGACAACCGUCGCAUAUGUCAUUUCGCAGGCCGGAGCAAAGAAGCUGCUCUUGGCUGCCAGUAGCUCUGUCAACCAGCCGGUCGACAAUUUCAUGGCGUAUGAGGCCAGCCAGGGAAAGCUCAACUCGUACGUUUGCCUGGACGAGGGUGACGAGGACAGCACUUGGGCUGGUGGAAUCGUCGACCAGUUCGACUUCCAGGGUGAUUCUGACAUAAAGAAGUCUGAUGGUGGCCAUCAGGGCGAUGAUGCCAAUGAGUUCGCCACAGCUUGA